AACAGCCAUGGUGCUCCUGCUGGCACUGCCGUGGGGCCAGGGCUAUGGGAGCAAGGAGCACAGCCCGCAGAGGCCGCGGCAGGGCGCACGGCGGUGCUGCGAACUGGCUCUGCGCGGCCGUGCCCCGCGGGGCGCAGCGCUGCCCCCGGAGCUGCCAGCCGGCUCCCCAGCGCUGCCCCCGGAGCUGCCAGCCGGCUCCCCAGCGCUGCCCCCGGAGCUGCCAGCUGGCUCCCCAGCGCCGCCCCCGGAGCUGCCAGCCGGCUCCCCAGCGCCGCCCCCGGAGCUGCCAGCUGGCUCCCCAGCGCUGCCCCCGGAGCUGCGCCCGUCGCGCUUGCCCCUCGCCGUGGAUCUUCUCUGUGCCCCUCGUUUUCUGCUGGUUCUUCGCCGUGCCGAGCCGGACCCCGCUCCUUCUCCUUCCCUGUGAGGGUUGUUUAAGAUAAUUUAAGCAGUAUUUAUCGGGGUGCGUUUGGGCCGCGCCGCUGCUGCGUCCCGGUGCGUGCGGGCAGCGCCGGCCUGGCCUCGGGCUCGGCUCUGCCUUAGGUGUAGCCCCCGUAGAGUGCCGGCGGCAGGGGCGCCCCCGGGCCCCCUCCCCCGCGGCCACCCCGCAGCGGCGUCCGUGCCUUGCUAUGAUGUUUACUUCCAAGUAUUGCCAAUAAAAGCAUCCAAGGGGCCUGGCCUGGCGUCUCUUGCUUGGGGCCGGAACCGGCGGUGACGCGGGGCGGAGGCGGAAGCGGCGGGGCCGGGCGGGCGCUGCAGCCGCCGCGGUCGUGGCCGGCGAUGCUGUCGCUGGACUUUCUGGACGAUGUUCGGCGGAUGAACAAGCGGCAGCUGUACUACCAGGUGCUCAACUUCGGCAUGAUCGUCUCGUCCGCGCUCAUGAUCUGGAAGGGGCUGAUGGUGGUGACGGGCAGCGAGAGCCCCAUCGUGGUGGUGCUGAGUGGCAGCAUGGAGCCUGCCUUCCACAGAGGAGACCUCCUCUUCCUCACCAACCGCAUCGAAGACCCCAUCAGGGUGGGGGAGAUCGUGGUCUUCAGGAUAGAAGGAAGGGAGAUUCCCAUUGUCCACCGUGUCCUGAAGAUCCAUGAGAAGCACAAUGGAGACAUCAAGUUCCUGACGAAGGGAGACAACAACGCAGUGGACGACCGAGGGCUCUACAAGAGGGGACAGCACUGGCUGGAGAAGAAGGAUGUGGUGGGGAGAGCAAGGGGAUUUGUGCCCUAUAUUGGAAUAGUGACAAUCUUAAUGAAUGAUUAUCCCAAAUUUAAGUAUGCAGUCCUCUUCCUGCUGGGCUUGUUUGUUCUGGUCCAUCGAGAGUAGCCUCUUGCCCUGCAGUCCAAGGUGCAGGUGCCACACAGAUGGGUUGCAGAUGAAGGUUUGAGGUAGCUGAUGGUCUGAAGCCUGGGGAGAAAGAAGAAGACCUCUUCACAUUUCAAAGCUCCAUCUGGGCUCUCUUUGGGGCUGGUUUGUUUUUUACUGUGUGAGGGCCAAGGUUUGCCACAGCAUUUCCAGGCCUUUGGCACAUUUUAGCAUUUUUAGUCACUUUUUGUAUUAAAACUCAAGCCAAAACCCUGCA